AUGUCCUAUCCUCAGUUUGGCUACCCUUACUCCUCAGCACCCCAGUUCCUGAUGAGCACCAACUCCCUGACGACCUGCUGCGAGACCAGCAGCCGGACGCUGGCCGAGACGGGGGCGGCCGCCUCGGCGCAGACCCCCGUGUACUGCCCGGUGUACGAGAGCCGCCUGCUCGCCACCGCCCGACACGAGCUCAACUCCGCCGCCGCCCUGGGCGUCUACGGCGGGCCCUACGCCGGGCCCCAGGGCUAUGGGAACUACGUGACCUACGGUACCGAGGCUCCCGCCUUCUACUCCUUGAACAGUUUGGAUGCGAAGGACGGCGGCGGCUCUGCGCAUGCGGGCAUCGCCCCGGCGGCUGCCUACUACCCCUACGAUCACACCCUCAGCCAGUACCAGUACGACAGGAACAAAAGGGUGCGCGGGAGGCGAGAGCAGGGUGUCACAUCCCGAGGGAUCCCCUGUGCCUGCAGGUACGGGACGAUGGACGGCGGGACGCGGAGAAAAAACGCCACCCGAGAGACAACCAGCACGCUGAAGGCCUGGCUGCAGGAGCACCGCAAGAACCCCUACCCCACCAAGGGCGAGAAGAUCAUGCUGGCCAUCAUCACCAAGAUGACCCUCACCCAGGUGUCCACCUGGUUCGCCAACGCCCGCCGGCGGCUCAAGAAGGAGAACAAGAUGACCUGGCCCCCGCGGAACAAGUGCUCUGACGAGAAGCGGCCCUACGAGGAAGAGGAGGAGGAGGAGGAGGAGGGCUCGCAGGAAGAGGCGAUGAAGAGCGGGAAAGCCGAGGAACCCACGGGCAAGGAGGAGAAGGAGCUGGAGCUCAGCGACCUGGAGGACUUGGACGCCGCCGAGUCGGAGAGCUCGGAGUGCGAGCUGAGGCGGCCCUUCCCGCACCCGCUGCCGCUGCCGGGAGCCAGCCACCCGCCGCGGGCCGAGCUCCCCGCCAAGAUGCCGCCGCCCGCCGCCUCCGGGGAGGAGGAGGAGGAGGAGGAGGCGGCGGCGGCAGAGCGGGCGCGGAGCUGCCUGAAGACGGCGGCGGACGAGUGCGGCCCCGACCCGCUGGGCGCUCGGCAGCGCGGCUGCGAGUCCAAGAUGUGCUUCCAGCAGGGGCAGCAGCUGCUGGAGGCGAAGCCCAGGAUUUGGUCCCUGGCGCACACUGCCACCUCCCUCAACCAGGCCGAGUACCCCUCCUGCAUGCUGAAAAGGCCGGGGGGCUCGGCCGCCGCCGCCGCUCCCGCCCCGGUCAGCGUCAUCGACAGGCACCAGGAUUCGCCGGUCACCAACCUCAGGAACUGGGUGGACGGGGUGUUUCACGACCCCCUGUUCAGGCACAGUACUUUAAACCAAGCCCUGAGCAACACAACAGUUUCCUGGGCUACCACCAAAGGAGCCAUUCUGGAAACGGGCGCCUUGGGACGCGCGGUGGGGAACGGCGCCAAUGUGCUCAAGGGGCAGCUCUCAAACCUGGCCCACCAUGACUCAAACAAAGAGUUUCUGGCGUUUCCCAAAUCAGGAAGCAAAAUGUUUUGUUCCUAACAGGCCCGCCGAGGGGCAAAAGACUUUCUAACGCUUGAAGAGUCAGCUACACUGAAAAGAGACUUGCGAGAGUUUAAAUUUAAAUAUAAAACUUUUUCUUCCUUUUUUUUUUUUUUUUUUUUUUUUUUUAACAAACAACAUAAACGAGGAUUUAAAGUUCAGUUUGCUCAGUUCAACGGAAAGACUUUGCUCAUUGCUAUUCCGAACAUUUUCUCCUGGCUGCGACUUUAAGGGAUCAAUGUCGUGAAAGUUAUUUAAUUCCAUGUCCAAAAAGCACGUACUAUAGUGUAGACCUACUUAAAAAGUUUACAUCCGAAAGUUUACAAAUGGGAAAUUUUAAUUCAGAUUUAAUUUAAGGCAUGCCGAUAUUAGUUAUAAAGACUUUUCGAGAGUUUUUCCUCCUGAUUUCAUUGUUAGCAUAUAACUCACAAACAGCACUUCUACUAAGUUUACACCUACUGCACA